AGGUGGUAGUCUUUAUAUAAAAAAAGAUUAUGAAAAUAAAAGACCAAUGAAAAAAGAUCAAAGAUCAAUGAAGGAAGAGAGCCAAAAAAUGCAAUCCCCUUGCCUAGAAGAGGUUUCACAAGGAUGCCUCCAUGGCUGCUGUCCCUCUCCUUUCCUCAACCAACAUGAGCCUCAAACCAAAGCUUCGAAACCCCGAACCUCUUCGGCAGCUUGCCGCCGUGACUUUGCGUCUAAAACUACUUCUUCUAUUUUCCCCAACACCCAAUUCACCAACCAUGAAUCUCUUCCAUCUAUUCAAGACUCGUUUGCCGAAUUCACCAAGGCUUACCCUCAGUAUUCGGAUACCUAUCGAGUUGACCAAAUACGAUCACGAGAGUAUUACCAUCUCUCCUUCUCCGACCAUACUUGCCUUGAUUAUCUUGGCAUUGGUCUCUUCUCCUAUUCACAGUUACAAAAACAGGAGUGCCCAAAAUAUCGAAUUGCCUCAUCUUCCUUCCCUGUGCCCCCAGAAUCGCCUCCUCCGGUUUUGGAUAUUCCCUUCUUUGGGGUGUCUUACAAACCAGGAAAUCUCAAGACACAAUUACUUCAUGGUGGAGUGGCAUCAGAGUUCGAAUCUGUUAUCAGGAAGAGGAUAAUGAGUUUUCUUAAUGUUUCAGAAAAUGAUUACUCCAUGGUUUUCACAGCAAACAAGACAUCAGCUUUCAAGCAAGUUGCAGAGUCUUAUCCUUUCCAGUCUAAUAGGAAGCUUUUAACAGUCUAUGAUUAUGAGAGUGAAGCAAUUGAAGCGAUGUCCAAUAGUUCUGAGAAAAAUGGGGCCAAAGUUAUGUCUGCAGAAUUCUCAUGGCCUAGGCUGAGACUUCAGUCAUCAAAGCUGAGAAACAUGUUAGUAAGCAAGGAGAAGAAAAAAAAGAAGAAAAGAAGAGGUCUUUUUGUGUUCCCACUUCAUUCCAGGAUGACUGGAGCUAGAUAUCCUUAUCUCUGGAUGAGCAUCGCGGAGGAAAACGGAUGGCAUGUGUUGAUAGAUUCAUGUGCGUUGGGACCAAAAGACAUGGACAGCUUUGGCCUUUCACUUUUUCGUCCAGAUUUCCUUAUCUGCUCUUUCUACAAGGUUUUUGGAGAAAACCCUUCAGGAUUUGCUUGUCUCUUCGCCAAGAAAUCAACCAUUCCAGUUCUGGAAACUUCAUCAACUUCAGGGAUUAUAGGCCUCAUCCCUUCUCAGAAGCUAUUCCGAGCAGUGACUGAAUCUCCAGGAACCGACACUGAAGUUGAAUACCUAGCUUCACAGUCUGGAAGAAUUGAAAAAGGGAAAACAACUUACGAGAUUCAACAUGCAGAAAUUGUAGAAAAACUAAAAGGGAUUGAAAUGAGUGAAGUGUCAGAAUCAGACAAGGGUAUUGAGAUGGAGUGUAGGGGCUUAGAUGAAGUGGAUUCAUUAGGAUUGGUAACAAUUAGCAAUAGAGCAAGGUGCCUCAUCAAUUGGCUUGUGAGUGCUCUAUUGAAACUCCAGCAUCCCAACACAAAUGGGACUCCCCUGGUUAGAAUAUAUGGCCCAAAAGUAAAAUUUGAUCGAGGACCAGCAAUCGCAUUCAAUGUAUUUGAUUGGAAAGGAGAAAAAAUCGAGCCGGUCCUUGUACAGAAGCUAGCGGAUCGGAGCAAUAUUUCCCUCAGCUAUGGGUUCCUGCACCACAUAUGGUUUGCAGACAAGUAUCAAGAAGAGAAGGAAAAAGUGAUUGAGAGGAGAAAUAAUGAAGCCGAUGGAAAUAAAGGAAAAGACAAAAGUGAUAUGGGAAUAGCUGUUGUUACUGCUGCAUUGGGGUUCUUAGCUAAUUUUCAAGACAUUUAUAAGCUUUGGGCAUUCAUUGCCCAGUUUCUUGAUGCAGAUUUUGUGGAAAAGGAACGGUGGAGGUACACUUCUCUAAAUCAAAAAACUAUUGAAGUUCUCUAAAUUCAAUUUUUCUUUGAUAGCCAAAGGAAUCUGUAUUGCCACAAAUAUGAUAUUACAUAAAACAUGUAGUUCCAUUUCAUUAUUUUAUUUUUGUAUGCACAAGAAUACCAUUACAUAGUAUGAUAAUUAACAUACUGGAUUAUAGUUUC